UUAUGGACUUCGUAAGCAGAGUCUUCUUAUCAUCACACUCAGUUUGUCCAUCCAUCCACCAAUAAUUCCACUUGAGAAUUGGAUUGAAUUGACUCGACAAUAAAUUUACUUUCGUCUCUCCUCACACACGCUGGAUGACAAGAAGAGUCAGCUUUUUUACUCGUCAAGUACACAAUCUAUAACCAGCAGAUAUUAAACAACGGGAGGAAUUGGACAGAUCACAUUGCUUGCCAUUAAUACAUACGUUAGGAAAUAAACACUAAAAAAAUGAAGUUUUACGCCUUGGUCGGUCUUUGUCUCGUGUGGUGGGCACCAUCCACUCUGGCUGCGACGCCGUGUUACGACACGAUCCAUGCGAGCUGUGGGACGGAAGAGUUUUCUGCUUACGACGCCGCAUCCUGUACUGCUGAGUGGGGAGCGUUCCCCCGUCUCGGAAAUGAUACGAAUCGUCUGAUCGCUCUGCAUAUUAAGCACUCGAUGCAAUACCUGCUCACCGCCAACUACUUCAACGAAUGGAACGUCAACAGGCCCGGGUUCCACGCGUUUUUCUCCAAACUUGCCGAUGAAGAGUGGAACUCCGCCAUUGACAUUAUGACCCACAUGCUCAAGCGUGGGGGUCGAUUGGAUGAUAACUUCAAGUUGGAGCUCCCUAAAAAUUUCGAAAACCGGCAAAACGAGGUGGAAUCUUUAGCCUGGGCGUUAGACUUAGAAAAGGAAAUGGCUCUGCAAACGCUCCACUUGGCCUACAAUUCCAACCACGUGCCCAAAGAGAUGCAAAACCUUCCCAGAGAUGCAGAGUUCGCCGAUUUCCUCGCCGAACGCCUCAACGCCAUCACCGUUCUACGAAUUAAGCACAUGUCCAACUAUGUCAACAUUUUGGGACAAAUUAUGGGUUCUGGGAUGGACAAGGCGUACGCAAUGUUCACCUUUGAUCAUGAAAUUCUCAAGUAAAUAUAGAUGAGACAUCGUAAUAAUUACAAAUAGAUACGCCAAUAAAACAUGGUUUGAUUUCUAAUAUAUAAA